CGCGCGACCGCCGCUUAGAAACACCAACACAACACAACGGUCCGCGCAUCUGUACACGCACGUCCGUGUCCGUAACCGAUGCGUUCCGUGCACGGAUGAAUAUUGUCAACAGUAUCGUCGUCGUCGUUUUACUAGGCCUGUAAGGCAGGAUCGUCGUGGGUGCCAUUCGCACGGUUAAAAUGCCGACUACCCGUUACACGCACGCGGUCGUGUGCAGGCUACCGCAGUCAUUGAUGAAUCGCCAACCGACGUUGGACUACGACCGCGCGAAACGGCAGCAUGGCAACUACGUGCGGGCCUUGCGAGACAUCGGCCUGGACGUCAUAGAAAUGCCGGCCGACGAGGAAACGCCUUGGUGUGCGUUCGUGGACGACACUGCGUUCGUGUGCAACGGCACCGCAAUAAUCACGAAGCCCGCAGAGGUGGACCGAGCGAAAGAAGUUGAAACAAUAAGAGCUGUGUUGAAGAAAGAAAUUGGACUGCCUAUUGUUGAAGUUUCUGAUAAAUCUGCAAAAUUGCAUGGAAGUGAUAUAUUAUUUACAGGUCGAGAAUUCUUUAUUGGAAUAACAAAAUGGACCAAUGAAUCUGGAGCUUGUGCAGUUGCAUCAGCUUUUCCAGAAUAUCCAUGUACACCAAUUAAGGUCACUGAAAAUAAACACCUAAAAUCAAUUGUAUCAAUGGCAGGACCGGAUCUUAUGUGUAUUGGGUCAAGUGAUUCAUCAAGAAGUGUUCUGAAAAGGUUAGAAAGAGAAGCAACAUAUAGCUACCAAAUUCUUACGUUGCCUGAAGAUGAAGCUGCUAAUGUGAUGUACAUAAAUGGUACAUUAUUGCAUCGAUCAGCUAGAGAAAUUCCACUAUCAUUCAAUGUUCUAUCAGAGAAAAUUACAGAUUUAACUCUACAAUCUGUUGAUAUUUCUGAACUUUUGAAAUGUGAAGGAGCCAAUUUGAAUUCAUGUUGUCUUUUAGUUAGACGUAUUAAACAUAUUAGAAGCUUAUAAUAUUAUGAAAUUAUCACUUAUAUCAGUAUUAUAAUAUGUAACAAACACUCCAUGACUAAAUUGUAUGUA